AGUCUCUUCAAACAAAGACAACAAUUACAAUAAAUUACACUCAACAAACUUUUUGUAUCUUUUUAAAUACAAAAUAUACACAAAGUGACAAUCUGAAAACAAGAGGACUUUUUCAUCAUGAUUAGCAAGCCUACUAAGUCUACGGUCUAUAUUUUUAGGGCAUUGCUAUUCGUCGCCCUAUAAUUUGAAAUUUUAUCGCCCUAAAUUUUUAAAUAGACAAAUUUGCCCUCUACCCCAAUUUCUAACCUACGUAAAUUGAAGAGUGAUGUCGGCCAUCCCAAGACCGGAUUCUGCUCCGGUCGCCGCUGCCAAUAAUUGAUAAUUGGUCCUAGUCAAUUAAAUCCAAUUCUUUCCCUCAAUAAUUGAUAAAGCCCCAGUCAUCGUUAAUUGAUAAUUGACCCUAGCCAAUUAAAGCAUAUUCUUUCCCUCAAUUUAAUUGAUAAAGCGCCCAGUCAUCGUCGGAAGAUGGAAUCGGGAGCACACCUCCGCAGUGCUGGGUUUUACCUGCGAUUCUCGUCAUCGGCGAGGUUUGAACAGGACCUGUCUGACGAGCAGGAGUGGUGCGCCACCCGCCUGGUCGUGGGUCGGGGCGACACGGCGGCUGCUGGUCGCGCAGAGAGCGGUGGGGCUCGGACAGAGCUAGAUGGCGGUAGGUCAUUUUUGGGUUCAAGGCGGCAGGCUCUGUUUCUAGAGAGGGAGCGGAGGCAGGGGAAGGGGAAGGGGGGAAGGGAGUUGAGUAUAAUCCCCCAUUCUUGCCGGGGUGUGCUGUUGGAAGCGGGGAUGAUUCGGAAUUGAAAAAAGGAAGACGGCCGGUGAUAAGAAUCCGGCAACGGCAGCAGCGGUCAGAGGACGGAUGAGCUCGGCGACGCCUGGGUAGGGCAAAAGAAAUUUUUUGUUUAAGAUUUAGGUUAAAAUUGGGGCUAGGGUAAUAAUGUCAAUUUGGUACAUUUUAGGGCGACAAAAUUAAAUUUUAGGGGGACGAAUAGCGAUUCAGGUAUUUUUAUGGUGUUUGAUACUGCAAUUUUCAUAGCAGAGUUUUAUAUAGUUUCUCAAUUCUAAAAUCACUACUCUUUCCUUAAUUUUCGCUAAAGGUAAAUUGAAAAUUGGCCAACAUGGAAGAAACUAAUUCUAUUACUACGUGUUGUAUCCUUACAUUUUUCAAUUUAUAUUUAAAUUUGUACUUUUUUAUCUUUGUUUUUAUCUCUUUCUAACUUCCUCUGAAAUUCCCUUCAUCGUGCAAUAGUUUGCGCCCCUUUCACUUCACAGUACAAGGCCGCCUUUGAAAAUCAUUCUUCCGGUCUCUUGGCACUACGAUUUUAUUCUUGGAGAUUUAAACUGGGCAAGUAAAAGAUUUCAACUUCGAUAUCAAUCCAUGGUGAAUAGAAUGGAGUUCAAUAAAUGGAGGUGCAUAAGGAGAAUUAAAUUUUCAAUUUUUGG